AUGUUUGGUGUGAUUGAAGCGCCGAGCGAAGAGCCGACGAUUCGUCCAAAUCCAUAUGUGAAGUUUUUGAAAAAUCUACCGAAACGCCCCGAGUUUGGGCCGAGUCUGCAGAAAGUGACACUUCAAACCAACAUUUUUCGAGUGAAUUUUGACGAGUUGCGAAUUUAUAGUUAUAAAGCGAAUUUUUACCCGAACACAACGAACUCUGGAAUGAAGAGAGGACUUCUGACCGCACAUUUCAAAUAUAAUAAUCGAAUAUUUACGGACGGGUGGACGGUCUGGACAACACAAAAAAUAGGGGAGGACGCUGUAACCUUUCGAAUUGUGUCGCAACAGAAAAUGGCAUAUACCGUCGACUUGAUAGAAAUAGUCACCACUGCUUUUAAUAUACAAAAAGGAAAUGUCUUACUGAAGUCGAUAUUUGUGGAAGGGAAUAAGAAUAUGGUGUCUUGGAAGAAAUCAUUUUUUGAUAAUGAACAAACACGAAUUCUUGAAACCCCCGACGGACAAUUGGACAUUAAAAAAGGGUUUUGCUCGACUAUAAGAAUCUUUGAGGAUUGCUCAUAUAUCAUUGUGGACACGUCAUUUAAAGUUUUCCAAGCGAAAAGUUACUUAGAAUCCAUUGAAGGAAAAGCCGCGGACCAAAUUGAAAUGCAGUUCAAGCCGUCGAGUCUUUUUAAUAAAAUAACAAAGAAGAUGGUCCACGUCGAUAAAAUUGAUUUUGAUAAGACACCAAAUUAUCAAUUUGCAUGUAAAGGGAAAAUGAUGAGUAUAGCAGACUACUAUUUGACGAAAUAUAACAAGGUGGUCACUCGAAUGGAUCAACCUCUUCUGGCACAGCGUAAUAAAUUAUAUAGGAAACCACCAGUAUUUGAUACUACAAACGUUUUUAUACAACCACAACAUAUACAACAAAGUGAUAGAAUAGAAGAAGGCGAUAAAGGUCAACAUGAGUCAUUCAAUUAUACUCAAAAUGAAUAUUCAUACUUCCUUCCAGAGUUUUUGGCACUCACAGGACUCUCAGAAAAGAUGGAAAAAGAUAAACAACUGAACACUCGACUGAGAGAAAUCUUUGUUCAACCCCCCACAGAUAGACUUGAACUCAUUUUGGAAUACGUCAAAAGGUAUGUCUCCUCACUUGAAGGUCUCAAACACUGGGGAAUUACUAUCGACACUCGGCCAACCUUUAUCAGCGCUUAUUUACUCAAAAUGCCUGUACUCGAAUUCAAAGACAAAACGGCAACGCCAAACCCUGCAAAUUGGCUUGAACUUGUUCAAAACUCAUUUUAUGUCAAUCCAGUGGAAAUUAAAGAAUGGACGGCUAUCAUUCCGAUGAUGUACAAAGACGAGUUUAUGACAUUACAACACUUACUACUGAAGUACUUCACAAAAAUCAGAGUCGUAUUUAACCCGGCGAAAGUCGUUUAUGCAUCAGGAGUGAGUUAUGAGGACUUACUUAAAGAUGUUAGUAAAGACCAACUUGUCGUGUGUAUACCACAGAACGACGAGAUGUACCAGAUCAUUAAAAGACGGUGUCUUGAUAUAGGAGUACCAACACAGUGCAUUGAAGUCGAUACCGUCAGAAAGCGUUUGACGCAAUCCGUCAUCACACAAAUCGCCAUACAAAUUCAAAAUAAAAUUGGAGGUGUUCCGUGGAGUGUCGAGAUGCCAGUAGACAUGGUAGAUGUCAUGGUAGUUGGGGUUUCUGUGGUGCAAUAUGACACUGAAAAGGAGACAGUAUCUUUGGUCGCAACUUUAGACCAAAAAUUUACAAAGACCAAGACCUUUUCUGCUGUUGAAAAGCGAGGGUGUGGGGGAUCCAAAA